AUGGAAGAUGUUAUUGAUCGACUCCGCUCUUUCCCUCCGCCAGCGGACACAACCUCUCACGAAGCCUACGAAUCGCAUGCUUAUGAAUUCCUGAUUGCUACACGCGAACAUCUUUCCCGUAUUAUCGACAGCUCAGAGAAAGCCCAAAGUCUACUUGAUCUUCUUGAUCCUUCAACCCACUCCCUGGCGUAUCUCCUCGUUUUACACUCCUAUAUCAACCGAAUCAGAAAAAGAGGCCAUAAUGUGGAACCUGAGGAUCUGCAACCUGGCAACUUGCUUUGGUCGAGGACGGUAUUGUUACUGAAAACGUUCGACCCGAAUCAGAUUCGAUGUGCAGCAAGCGAAUGGCGGUCCAUAUUAGAAUUUGCUUCGAGGGCGGCUGAAAUCGAUAACAAGCCGUUCCUUGCGAUUCGCCCUAUCAGAGACUCAAUCAUUCGAAUGGAUCCAACAUGUGCCAGCUUUACCAUUGCCCAUCUAUACCUGACUCGUCUGUGCCUGUUGGCCAAGGCAUACAAGAUCGCAUGCCCAGUCAUUGAUCGAACGAUAUUUACCAUCCCGAGUGCAGCAGAUCGGCUCUUUAUACAGCAUUCACAGGGGGGAUCGGAAAACAACGCAGCCACCCCUUCGUAUUUGUUUGAACCACCGAUGAAAUUCACAUAUGCGGAUCAUCUUCAGUACUUCCUCUAUGGUGGAAUGGUUUACAUGGCACUGAAGGAAUGGAGCAAAGCACGUCAUUUCUUAAGCAUUGUGAUAUCUUGUCCCGUGGUGAAUGCUGUUAGCUUGAUCAUGGUUGAAGCGUACAAAAAAUGGGUUUUGGUGAAUCUUCUUGAGAAGGGCAUGAUUGCGUCAGUACCCAAGAUCACCUCGCCUGUUGCACUGAAGACAUACAAAGCGCUAGCACGCCCUUAUGAUGCAUUAGCGACAGCCUUUAUAUCAGGAAAGUGGGAACGAUUGAGAGGCGAAGCGCAAGUUGGGGACAUGAUAUGGCGUACCGACAAUAACUACGGCCUUGUACAACAAGUGCUCCUGAGUUUCCGCAAGAAGGCGGUGCGCUGUCUCGGCGACACCUUUGCUGCAGUCACUACAUCAGAUGUCUCCCAGAGAGCGCUGUCGAACAGUAUGGACGUGCGAGAAACUGAACGAUACAUCGUGGCUCUCGCAGUUCAAGAAGGAUUCUCAACUUCCUUGAUACACCCAUCAAAAGACCCCAACACCUCAAUGCUCCGUUUCUUGACAGAUCAAUCCGAACCAAGCAUCGACCUUGAAAUUUCCUUGGAGGAACAACUGCAGUCACAGCAUCAAAAACUAGAACUUCUUAUCCGGAACAUACAAACUAGCGAUAGCAAACUUGAACUUGCCAAGGAGUAUAUCAGCCAUUUGCGUAAAACUCAAAAACGCACUGAUGCCGCUUCAAAGGAUGCUGCUGGACUCAGUGGUAGGAAGAGAGAGCAGAAUGUUGACAUUGAUGAGGACAUGAUGGAUGAAUUGCAAUGA